GAUAAACAUCGUCAUCGAAAACGCAAGUCGAGUGGUCUGGUCGGGUUCGACAAGGUUCUCGGUUUUGUAUUUAGUUGCAGAAGAAAAUUUGACGUAUAUAUAAAUAAUCGGUUUUGAUUUGAAACUUUUUAGUUGCCGAAAAGAAAUAUGUUUCGCUUCUUUGUAGUGGUCGCGGCACUCUUUGUGCUGAUCGACGCGGAACAAAAAAUCCAAAGAAUUCCACUGUACAAAACCAAUUCUAUCCGAAAGACUCUAAAAGGAGUUGGCACUGAGUUAGAACAGAUACGUUUGGCUGAAGAUUCUCAAGGACUUGUACCGGAACCUUUGUCCAAUUAUCUGGAUGCUCAAUACUAUGGUCCAAUCAGCAUUGGAACUCCACCCCAGAAAUUUAACGUAAUUUUUGAUACUGGCUCCUCAAAUCUGUGGGUACCAUCCAAAAAAUGUCGCUUUACCAAUAUUGCCUGUUUAUUGCAUAAUAAAUACGACAGCAAGAAAUCUAGUACCUAUAGUCCAAACGGAACCUCAUUUGCUAUUCAAUAUGGCACUGGCAGUCUAUCUGGAUACUUAUCUUCGGAUGUAGUGGAUGUUGCUGGCAUCAAGGUUCAACAUCAAACUUUUGCGGAAGCAAUCAGCGAACCAGGUUUGACUUUUGUCGCUGCUAAGUUUGACGGUAUCCUGGGGAUGGGCUACUCUACCAUUUCCGUUGAUGGAGUAACUCCUGUCUUCUAUAAUAUGGUUAAACAAGGCUUAGUAAAAGAACCUGUCUUCAGUUUCUACUUGAAUCGUGAUCCUUCGGCUAAAGUGGGUGGUGAAAUGAUAUUGGGUGGAUCUGAUCCUGAUCAUUAUGAAGGUGAACUCACAUAUGUUCCCGUUACGCGCAAAGGAUAUUGGCAAUUUACUAUGGACAACAUUCAAGUAGGUGAUAAGACUUUGUGCGCGGCUGGUUGUCAAGCUAUCGCCGAUACGGGCACUUCUCUUAUUGCUGGACCUACCAAAGAUAUUAAAUCGAUUAACGAUGCGAUAGGAGCGAUUGACAUUAACGGAGAAGCUAUGGUAAAGUGCAAUGAGAUUCCUAACAUGCCUGUGAUUACAAUCACUCUGGGUGGAAAGAAAUUCUGUCUCCGUGGUGAAGAUUAUAUUCUUAAAAUAAAGACAAUGGGCGAGACUGUUUGCAUGAGCGGUUUCAUGGGUUUGGAUACGCCUCAACCGUUAUGGAUUCUGGGUGACGUAUUUAUCGGCCGUUAUUAUACUGAAUUUGAUAUGGGAAACGACCGAGUUGGAUUCGCUAAGGCAAAAUAAUUUGCUUCUCCUCUUUUCAUAUUAUAUGCUAUUAUAUACUUUCAGAAAUUAAAAAAAAAAAUAUCAAAACAAGUUAUUAAAUAAAACGUCGAUUCUUAUUGUU